AUGAGGUAGCGGUAAAUAGUUUUUCUUAUAACUGUUAUAUUUGUCAUACUUUCUCUUGGACUCGUCUCAGCAGCCAAGAAUAAUACCAUGAUAGGAUUGGUAAUUUUCCAUCGUCAUGGUGCAAGAUUGCCGGCAGUCGAAGAUUAUUAUGCUCAAGAUUGGCCUGCAGAUAGAAUAAAAGGUGACUUAACUGACAAAGGUAUUGCUUAGUUACUAAAGGUAGGUAAGAGCAUCAGAAAGAAAUACGUUGAUGAAAUGAAAUUCCUUCCUAGAGCUUAUGAUCCAACAAUUUUCAAAGUCAGAAUAGCUUAAUUGUCUAGAUGCAUGCUUAGUUUACUGUCUCUUUUGAAUGGACUUUAUCCUGAUAUUUACCAAAGAGAACUAUAGAACCACACUUCUCUUCUUAACCCUAUCAAGUAAUUCCGUUUUAGCACCAACUUAGCUGACCAUAGAGCAAGAGAUCUCAUAUUUAGAGCUUAAAGUUCUAAAAACUGCAAGAUGAUGGGACACAUCUAUCAUCGUAGAAUGAGCGAAGAUAAAUUUUCAAAAAUAUAUGAAUUUUUCUAUAAACAUCCAAUUAUGAAUACAACUUUAGCAAAAUUAUAGCGUUAUAGAGAAGAAAGAAAGGGCUAACCUAUCAAUGUUACAAAUAUGUACUACAUUAAGGAGGUCUACGACAGUUAUCUUUGCAAUAAAAUUUAGGGAAAUCCUGUUCCUAGUUGGAAUAAAAAUGAGCUGAAGUUAUUGCAAUACAAUUAUGAGAUGUUUUUCUACAGUUAUUUUGGUUUUAGAGAAGCAAGAAAAGUCACUUCGACUAAAUUCUUUGAAGAAAUAUUUUAAUUUUUCAGAUAAUUAAUUGCAAAUCCUUCACAUUCAGAAAAAAUGUUUAUCUUCUCAGGAACAAAAACGAAUAUAGCUAUUAUUCUUUCAAAUAUUCUGAUUAAAGAAUAGAUUCUUUCUCUGGGAACUGAAAAAGUGCCACCUCUUUCAGCCACAUUGUUUAUAGAACUAUGGGAAAAAGCAGAAAAACCAGAUUAACCCUAGCUGCCCCCUAACGAAAGAUACUACUUUAAGAUAUUUUAUGGCAAAAAAGAAUUAGAUAUUAUGAUUUGCAAAAAUACAAAAAGAUGUACUUGGAGAGAAUUCAAGAUACUUUUAAAAACGCGUAUAAAACCAAAUAUAGCUGAUUUUUGUGAUUUAGGAAACAUUUAUGACUUCCCUAACUAUGAUAACUGA